CAAAAAGACACAACACACACACUCUCCUCUCUCUCUCUCUCUCUCUAUCUCCGACCAUUCUCUCUUCAAAUCUCUCAACCGCGCUCCGCCGUGGUGGGGAGAGAAGACACAGACACAAACACACACAUCUCUUAUUACAUCUCCAUGUCUUAAUCACACAAUCUCUCUCAAGAUCUAUCUGAUAUAUUCCUCCCUCAAAUGCUCGCCAAGAAUCGGCUGCCCGGAAGCGGCCACACCACACCAUCUCCUCCGGGCUCCCCUCGCCGCUCUCCUCGUUACCGUCACUCCCGGUCAAAACCCUCCGCUAGAUUCCCCGCCACGGUCCCGCCGAGCAGGACCUUGGCGCAUCGAGUCUCGUGGAUCAUAUUAUCUGCGCUUCUGCGGCGGCAGGGGGUUUUCUUGUUCGCGCCGUUAAUAUACAUCUCGUGUAUGUUGCUUUACAUGGGGACUGUGUCGUUUGAUGUUGGGCCUAUUAUAAGGCAUCGAUCUCCUCCGGGAUCUGUUUAUAAAAGCCCACAGCUUUAUGCUAAGCUUAGGCAUGAUAUGGAUGCUGAUAACUCCUCUGCUGAUGCGAUAUCAACGAUUUGGAAACAUUCGUAUAAAGGUGGGGAGUGGAUGCCGUACGUGAACAAAUCCACUGGAGCAUUGCCGGAGUCGAAUGGUUACAUAUAUGUUGAAGCAAACGGAGGCUUGAAUCAGCAGAGGACAUCGAUAUGCAAUGCGGUUGCUGUGGCAGGCUAUCUCAACGCAACUCUAGUCAUUCCCAACUUUCACUUUCACAGCAUAUGGAGAGAUCCAAGUAAAUUUGGGGACAUCUAUGAUGAAGAGUUCUUUGUCAAUACCUUAGCAAAUGAUGUACGAGUGGUUGACACAAUUCCUGAAUAUAUAAUGGAGCGAUUUGACAAUAACAUGACAAAUGUCUACAACUUCAGAGUUAAAGCAUGGUCACCUAUUCAAUAUUAUAAGGACUCGAUCUUGCCUAAGCUACUUGAAGAGAAAGUUAUACGAAUAUCACCAUUUGCAAAUAGACUUUCGUUUGAUGCUCCUCAACCUGUCCAGAGACUUAGAUGUUUGGCGAAUUACGAAGCCCUGAGGUUUUCAGAACCCAUACUAACACUAGGAGAAACACUGGUGAAGAGAAUGAAAGAGCAAAGUGCAAACCACGGAGGAAAAUACGUAUCUGUGCAUCUGCGCUUUGAAGAGGACAUGGUAGCUUUCUCCUGUUGUGUAUUUGAUGGUGGCAACCAAGAAAAACAAGAUAUGAUUGCAGCAAGAGAACGAGGAUGGAAAGGAAAGUUUACAAAACCAGGCCGUGUCAUUAGACCUGGUGCUAUCAGACAAAAUGGGAAAUGCCCUUUAACUCCUUUAGAGGUGGGCCUAAUGCUAAGAGGAAUGGGUUUCAACAAAAGCACAUACAUUUUCCUUGCAUCUGGUCAGAUAUAUAAUGCAAAUAGAACUAUGGCCCCGUUACUAGAGAUGUUCCCUAAUUUACAAACUAAGGAGAUGAUUGCAUCAGAGGAGGAGCUUGCUCCAUAUAAGAACUUCUCUUCCAGAAUGGCUGCCAUAGAUUAUACAGUCUGUCUCCACAGUGAGGUGUUUGUGACCACACAAGGUGGAAACUUUCCUCACUUCCUCAUGGGUCACCGGAGAUAUCUGUAUGGAGGACAUUCCAAAACUAUUAGACCGGACAAGAGAAAGUUAGCAAUCCUCUUUGACAAUCCCAACAUCGGAUGGAGGAGUUUUAAACGUCAUAUGCUAAACAUGAGGUCUCAUAGUGACUCAAAAGGGUUUGAGCUAAAACGACCUAAUGACUCCAUCUACACAUUCCCUUGCCCUGACUGCAUGUCCCGUAAGAACAGGACAACGACCUCAGAUUCUAGACAUCCACCCGUUGCCACCUGA